GACUGACAAAUGCGGCGCAGCCUUUAGUCAACCCAGUCGUCCACAGAUUGUUACCCGCGGAUUUCCACCAAACCAUUGCUCACAUUUCUGCUUAGAGAUACCCAUCUCUAUUCCGUAGUAUCUCUAAAUAUGAGGUGGUUUGUAUCCUGAAACAUGUUAAAUAUCAAUCAUCAGUGAAGCAGCAGCAGCCCACUUGCACUGAGCUAGGAUGUCCAGUAGCUCCAGCUACCCCCCUACCCAGGGGAGCUUCAGUAGUGAGCAGAGCCGGUACCCAUCCCAUUCUGUGCAGUACACAUUCAGUGGCUCGAGGCACCAUCAGGAUUUCACUGUCCAGGAUUACCGGUCUCACUUGCAGGAUCCACAGGGUCGAAGAAGACCGUCUUUACUAUCUGAAUUCCACCCUGGGACUGAAAGGCCUCCAGAGAGACGCCAUGGUUAUGAGCAGCAGUUUCACACCAUCUCAACUCAGCCUGAACAUGAGGCACUGGAGUCUAAGCGCCCACGCAUGGAGUCUAUUGCCGAGGCUCACAUUGCCCGCACCCCUCCUUCUGGGGGUAUUCUCAUGCCCAUGCACCAUACAUUACAGGACAGCCUGAGAGCCACUGUGGAGGUCAAAAAGGAGUCACCAUUCACUGUAAAAUUGGAAUGCUCAGGUGGACCUGCAUUACACAUCGGGGAAGAACCUGACACUUCCCCUUCGAAGCUGUCAAAAGAGGAGCUGAUUCAGAGUAUGGACCGUGUGGACAGAGAGAUUGCUAAAGUGGAGCAGCAGAUUUCCAAACUAAAGAAAAAGCAACAACAACUAGAGGAGGAAGCAGCAAAGCCAGUGGAGCCAGAAAAACCGGUGACCCCUCCCCCGGUUGAACACAAGCACCGCAGCAUAGUACAAAUCAUCUAUGAUGAGAACAGAAAAAAAGCUGAAGAGGCCCAUAAAGUACUUGAAGGCCUUGGUCCCAAAGUCGAGUUGCCUCUUUACAAUCAGCCAUCAGACACAAAAGUUUACCAUGACAACAUUAAAACCAAUCAAGUCAUGAGGAAGAAGCUGAUUCUGUUUUUUAAGAGGAGGAACCAUGCUCGUAAACAAAGGGAACAGAAGAUCUGCCAGCGCUAUGACCAGCUCAUGGAAGCUUGGGAGAAGAAGGUGGAGCGAAUGGAAAACAACCCCAGGCGCAAAGCCAAGGACAGCAGAACACGGGAGUACUAUGAAAGGCAAUUCCCUGAGAUUCGAAAGCAGAGAGAGCAGCAGGAGCGUUUUCAGAGGGUUGGACAAAGAGGAACAGGCCUCUCAGCCACCAUCGCCAGAAGCGAGCAUGAGAUCUCUGAAAUCAUAGAUGGCCUUUCUGAGCAAGAGAACAAUGAAAAACAGAUGAGACAGCUAUCUGUCAUUCCUCCAAUGAUGUACGACUCCGAGCAGAGACGAGUGAAAUUCAUCAACAUGAACGGUUUGAUGGAUGACCCCAUGAAGGAGUACAAAGCGCGGCAGUUCAUGAAUGUUUGGACGGAACAUGAAAAAGAGAUCUUUAAGGAGAAGUUUGUCCAGCACCCGAAGAACUUUGGCCUGAUUGCCUCCUAUCUCGAAAGAAAGUGUGUUGCUGACUGUGUCCUCUACUACUACUUGACCAAGAAGAACCACAACUACAAAACGUUGGUGAGACGCAACUACGGUAGACGGAGAGGCAGAAACCAGCAAAUUACUCGGCCCUCACAAGAAGAAAAGACAGAAGACAAAAACGAAGAAGAAAAAACUGAGAAGUCAGAGAAAAAAGAGGAGGAGGAAAAGAAAGAGGAGGAAGAGAAAGAUGAAAAGGAGGAAUCCAGGGAAAUUGGCAAGGACAAAGAAAAGUGUGACGUCGGGGAGGACGAGGACGGAAAGGAGCAAAACACGCCGCGUGGCAGGAAGACUGCCAACAGCCAGGGCCGACGUAAGGGAAGGAUCACCACACGCUCCAUGGCCAAUGAGGCUGCCACUGUGGCGGCAGAGGAAGCACCUCCCCCCGCUUCAGAAGCUGCCGUGCCAGAUCCUCCCGUGCUCCCUAAAUCGGAUACAGCUCAGAAGUCCAUGAAGGAGCCUGUGAAACCUCCCACCCCAGUGGCUUCACUGGAUGCUAAAGCGGCCGCUGCUGAAACUGGAGAAACUUCUCGCUGGACCGAGGAGGAAAUGGAAGUAGCUAAAAAAGGCCUAGUUGAGCAUGGGCGAAACUGGACGGCCAUCGCCAAAAUGGUGGGCACCAAAAGUGAAGCACAGUGCAAGAACUUCUAUUUCAAUUAUAAGAGACGUCACAAUCUGGACAACCUCCUUCAGCAGCAUAAGCAGGACACACGGCGGGCUCGGGCCGAUAUAUCUCAAGGUGAAGGUCUAACCACGACUUCACCUGAUGACGAAGAGGACAAUGCAGAUGAUAGUGAAGGCGGCGACAAUAGCUCUGAUACAGAGAGUGCACCCUCCCCGUCUCAAACUGACUCCGCAAAGUCUGGUGACUCCAAGAAACCAGACAGCACUGCAGGAGAUGCUCAGAGCUCAGAUGCUCAGGUCAGCAAUACAAAGGCCUCUGACCCUUCCUCAUAUGGGAAUCUCUGUGUGAAGGAGGAAAAAAGCCCAGAGGGUGAGGCUGUUUCUCAGGAGGAAAAGACCAAAGUGGCUUCCUACUCAGGUGUGGUCAAUCCAAAAACGGAACCUCAAGAUGUGGACUUGAAAUCUGGGGAGGUUCAGGUUAAAAUGGAGCCUGAGAUUAAGGAGAAAGGAGAUCAUGGUGAAAGGCAAAGGGAGCCCCACUCGGAUAAUGACUCCAGCGCCACCUGCAGUGCGGAUGAAGAUGUAGAAGAAGAGCCUGAAAGACAGAGAAUACUUUCGAUGGAGAAGCCGUCUUUGCUCAACCCUCCAGGCACAGUCCUGGUGUCUUCACCUAAGCAAACUCCACUAAACAUCCAGCAGAUGCAUCAACGGGCAGCUGCCAUCCCACCAAUGGUACCUGGUCCUUAUGGCCCUGGUCCGGUGCCCAUCAGCGGCUUUGCCAUGUUGCAACACCAAAUCAAAGCUGCGCAUGCGUCUGCACAUCUAGAAGAGAAGCAGAGGCAGGAUCAUGGAGACAUGGAGCGAAGACCGCCUUUCAACUCCUGCAGCCCAAGCGUACUUGACAGAGACGGUAAGCCCCCACACUACAUGCCUUAUGAAUUGAUGUUGGCUCUGGACCAGGAGGCCUUCUCUGGUCGGUCAGGCUCCCCUCACAGACUCUCCCCCAGGGAUCUAAGCAAGUUCUCACCGCAGCCUGACCCCAACAUCCCUAAUGCUUCUCGCUACAGUGUGCCGCCAGUCCUCCACACAGCCCCCAACCAGCUGAUCCAGAGUCUGUCAGAUGGAGCCCGGAUGCCUUUCAGCAGGCCCAGUCGACCCCCUAACAUUCCCUCUCCUCCUCCUCUCAUUCCAACCACCAAACCCACAGACAAGCCGUCCUUUAUUCACGGGGGCUCUAUAUCUCAGGGAACCCCUGGCACAUACCUGCAUUCCCAUGCUGUUUAUGGGCCUGAGGGGAGUAAGAGCACUGUGGGGUCCAUCUCUCUGGGCCUGCCUCGGCACCAGGAUCCCAACAAGUCCGGAGCAGCAGUUCCGUUACUGCAUGAUGGUAGAGGCAACCUGGCAAAAAUGAGUGAAAGUCUGGCUUUCAGAGGCUCAAUCACCCAGGGCACUCCAGCCCUUUCCCAGCCUACUGUUGCUGCUGACCUACUAAAGAGCACCAUCACAAAACUGGCCACAGAAGACCUGAGCAGCUCUGACAAGGCCAGAGCAGACCAACUGGCUAAAUGUCAUGUUAUCUAUGAAGGCAAGAGUGGUCAUAUCCUCUCUUAUGAUGCUAUCAAGAACCCAAGGGAGAACACCCGAAGCCCCAGAACUGGCCAUGAGUUGAAACGCACUUUUGACAUGAUGGAGGGAUCCAUUGGCAGGGGUCACACUGGAAGGGAAGGAGCACCAUUUGAAGGUUUGAUUAGCAGAGCCUUGCCCAGAGAAGGUCUCCAUGGCGAUGCUAAAGAAAGGCCACUAAUCACUGGAUCUAUCAUGCAAGGAACACCUAGAACCGCUGCAGAAACAUAUGAAGACACUCUGAAAUAUGGAAAACGCAUAAAACAAGAGAGCCCACCCAUCCGCUCUUUUGAUGGUGGGAUUGGCAAAGGAAAGCCCUACGAGGGAGUUAACACAAUUAAAGAGACUGGGCGCUCUAUUCAUGAAAUCCCUCGACAAGACCAGUCUGGCCAGGACCUCAGGAAGACCCCUGACAUGUCAGACAGGAGGGUCAUUGAUGGAUCCAUGCCUCAGAUUCCCUCUCUGAACCAGCCAACUAUCAAGCACAAUGUCAAGUCCCUAAUCACCAGUCCCAGUAAGCUUCCCCACAGCCUACCUCAGCUCGAGGCCAUGGAACGAGCCAAAUACGAGGAGAGCAAGGCCAUGCGCCACAUCUCGGUGGUUAACUCGACCACCUCCGUGCUGCGCUCCACACACCAGGAGGCUGGCAAAUCCCAGCUCAGCCCUGGCUUGUAUGAAGAUGUCAAUGCCCGCAGGACCCCUGUGAAUUACAGCUCCAAUCCUGUGACCAGAAGUUCACCCAUGCUAGGACGUUCAUCAGAGGGAUCGAAAUCUUCAGCACAUGAAAGAAAGACACCCACACAGAGGGAAAGUGUCCCAGCCAAGUCCCCAGUGUCUGGCGGUGACCCCGGGGCUUCUCACAGUCCUUUCGACCCUCACCACAGGCCGGUUGUAUCUGGGGAAGUGUACCGAGGUCAUCUGCCUCCACAUCUCGACCCCAGUAUUGCCUUCCACAGAGUUAUUGAUCCUGCCUUCAUGUUUCCUAGGCAGCCAUCACCGACUGGCUACCACAACACAUACCAGCUGUACACCAUGGAGAACACGAGGCAGACCAUUCUCAAUGAUUACAUCACCUCCCAGCAGAUGCAGGUUAUCCCCCGACCUGAUUUGGCCCGUGGCCUGUCACCGCGGGAACAGCCUGUUGCUAUUUCUUACCCAGCUGGAGCUAGAGGGAUUAUUGAUCUAGCCCAGAUGCCUCCAACUAUCCUGUUGCCUCAUCCUGGGGGAACAGGUUCUCCCACUUUGGAACGCAUCGCCUACCUCCCUGGAGCUCAGCCCCCUUUCUUUACUAGGGCUUUCAACCCAACUUCCAUAUCGCCAGGCCACCCUGCCCAUCUUGCUGCUGCUGCUGCUGCCGCCGCUAAUGUGGAGAGGGAACGGGAACGUGACCGUGAACAGCAGGAGAAGGAGAGAGAAAAGGAAAGGGAGCGCGACCGGGAGAUGCGGGACCGGGAGAUGCGGGACCGGGAGAUGCGGGACCGGGAGAUGCGGGACCGGGAAAUGCGGGACCGGGAGAUGCGGGACCGGGAGCGAACGAGUGAUUACAUGCGUGGCAGUGGAGCAGAGCAACCAGGCCGACCAGGAAGCAGAGGAUAUUUGCACUCUUCUUCACCCUCACUCAGGACGCAGGAAGUGGUUGUUCAACAGAGACCAAGCAUUUUUCAGGGCAAAAGUGUUAUCACUUCUCUGAUGCCUCAUUCAGCUACAACGACAUCAGCAGCCCAGAGUAACCCCCGUUACAGUACUGCCGCUGAUGCCCUGGCUGCCUUGGUAGAUAUUGCAGCCUCUGCUCCGCCUGUGGAUGUGGCCAAAGUUAAGGAGAACAAACGAGAUGAACGGGAUGAUGAAAUAUCUUCGACAUCUCGGCGAGCGGCAAGCUUCUCGGAACAACAGCAGGAGUCAGAACGGAGAUCCCUUGCUUACGGAGCUAUGACGAUGCCAGGGAGCAAGCCCCACCCAGCAUACGCUGAGGCUGUUGGGGUUAAAGAUAAGGUACCCCAAACAUCGAAGUCACGCAUUGAGGAAGAGCUCCGAACACGAGGAAAAACGACCAUAACAGCCGCCAACUUCAUUGAUGUCAUCAUUACGCGAAAGAUCGCAUCAGAGAAAGACUCACGAGAGCGGGGCUCUCAGAGCUCUGACUCUUCCAGUAGCUUGUCAUCAAGUCGAUAUGACAACCCGGGUGGGGGAGCCAUUGAAGUGAUAAGUCCUGCUAGUUCUCCAGUCCAAUCUCAACAGGAAAAACUUGACGAGGGGCAACAGACAGCAGUUGGUAUGCGGGCUUAUGACAUGAGUCGAUACCGACCUCCAGGAGAGUCCCCGCAGCCCAGUUCCCAACAGCCCCCCUCUUCCCAAGCUGACAGUUAUUCCCAAAUUCCCAAGACACACCGGGUCAUGACCCUGGCAGAUCACAUCUCGCACAUUAUAACCCAAGACUUUGCCCGGAAUCAAGACCCUCCUACAGUUUCUUCUUCAGCCUCUGUCACAUUCCAGAGCACGGUGCCAACUGUGUCCUCUACAAGUCGAGCUAAGUUGCCAAGUCACUACAGUCCUGAGAAUCAAGUCCAGGCCCCACAUCACCACAGACUCCCCAGCAGGGUUUCCCCAGAAAACGCCACAGACAAGCCCAGAUCCAGGUCGAGACCUGGAAAGUCUCCAGAGAGAGGUGGAAGGCAUAUGGACAACUAUGAACCUAUCUCACCACCACAGAGCUACCAGAGCAUGGACAAGCAAGAGACUGCUGGGCCUGCAACCCAAAGACGAGAAGCAGAGAACUCUGAGAUCAGGAAUGACUCACGAUCCCCCGGCAAUGUCAGUUAUCUGCCCUCCUUCUUCACCAAACUAGAGAACACCUCACCUAUGGUGAAAUCCAAAAAGCAGGAGAUCUUUCGUAAGUUGAACUCCAACUCUGGUGUCGGUGAUUCUGAUGUUGGAAUUGCCCAGCCUGGCACAGAGAUUUUCAACUUGCCUGCGGUUACCAGCUCCAGCAACAUCAACCCGAGGAGCCACUCCUUCAGUGACCCUGCCAGUAACCUGGGCCUUGAGGACAUAAUUCGUAAAGCCCUAAUGGGCAACCUGGAGGACAGACAGGAAGAGCAACAAGGAGGAGUAGGUGCCAUCAGCAACUCCAGCAGUGACACCCGCCAAGAGGCCAAUCCGUCACCCAGCACUGUGAAACAGAAGCAGAAUAAAGGCAACAGCCGUAAAUCCAAGUCUCCUAAUCUUGGUCAGGCCUACUCAGGAGGGGAUCGUCCUUCCUCAGUGUCCUCCGUCCACUCCGAGGGAGACUAUCUCAGACAAUCACAAGCCCAGUCCCAAUGGAGUUGGGAUGACCGACCUUCAUCUGCAGGCUCCAUGCAGUUCCCUUACAAUCCGCUGACCAUGCGCAUAAUGAGCACCACGCCACCCACCUCCAUAUCGUCCCCUUCCAUACAGAGCCAGCAGCAGCAGCAGCAGCAGCAGCAGCAGCAGCAGCCGCCUCCCACAGGAGCUCAGGUGGGCCAGCAGCGUGUGUGGCAGUCCCUGCUGUCAGAGCAAUACGAGGCCCUGUCAGACAGUGACGACUGAGCUCACCCCGCUUGCUCGGCCUGUAGUCAAGAAGGGUGGAAAAGGAAGCCUGAGUCGAGGGCUCUCGUCUUUUCUCCCCCCCUUUUUCUCUCUCUCUCUUUCUCUCUCUCCCCAAGAGUGUCAAGUUGACAGGGUGGUGUCCAAUUUUUUUCUGGUGCUAUGUCGCCCCCUGAGUGUCAGCCGAGUGUACAAGCAACAGCCAAUGACGGACUGGGCUCUCCGGAACAAGACUCAUUUUUGGUUUGGAAGCGGUCACCCGGUCUAUUGGGGAAAUAAAGUCGACUGGCUUGAGAUACAGUGAAGUAGAUAUGUACAUUUGACAAUUUUGUUUGAUUUCUGUAAAGCUAUAAAUCAACUUUAAGAAAAUCGUAUGUAAAUAGGAUAACCGUUUUGCAGUGUUUUUCUUAACUUGAUGAUUUCUUAUUUUAGUGUUAUAAAUGGAUCCACUCUAAAUGCUAAGUGUAAUCUUUAACGCCAUAGUUGGUCUCCCCUCACUUUAAUAUAUGUGAUGAAUUCUUACCGCUAAGAGACAACAGAGGCUGUUCCUCCCGUCAAGCACCAGCGCAGCCUGAACGCUGUGGACAAUACAGGCCGGCAAAACACUUGACUAACAUUUAAACAGCGGCACAGCGCUGAUAUUUGAGUUUCAACACAACGGCUGAGGUUGCCUCUCAGCACAUUCUAGACAGCGAAAUGUAUUGAAGACAAGUUGUGAACACUGGUGUUAGGACAGAGACGUUUCUUGAAAUAGGGGACUACCCCUGGCCCCUGUCAAAAACGUGAAUUUGAGCCUGUGUUUUUCCCCCUGAUACAGUUGUUACCGCUGCAGUUUGCGACCUGUCCAAAAUGGUGUUCUACACAAUGUUCUAUUUGUUAAAUUUGUCUGGAAUUUUUUUUAAAUUUUUUUUUUUUUUAUGGUUUUGUCAUGCCUUGUGACUUGAGAAAGAAGGCAGCUUUAAUUUUCUCAGAGAGAUAUGUUGUUUGUUUAUCUAGUACCUUUUUUAAAUCCUUCCCCUAAAACAAAAUAAUCACGCCACAUACAAACUUAAUCAUAUGCAACAUCUUUUUGCACUUUUUGGUUUGUAGCUAUUACUAAGAAAAUCCAUCUUAUCUGCUGUCUGCCACAUCGUGCUUCAAAUAUUCUGGCUUCACCACAUAGCUUGUUUUUUUUCUGUUUUUUGAAAGCAUGUGCUUCAACAUUUUUGCCCUAAUGAAGCAUUUUCAAGCAUGAAAAUGGCUAAAUCAACUAAAAAUAUCAAUACUAAAGUAGUCUUGGCCACUAGAUGAGACCAAACCAGUCAGAUCACGCUGUUCAGUUAUUGUGGCCACUGAAUGGCUCAGCCUUGGACAGCAUUACUAUUUUGGUGUAAAACAGUGUGAAGGUGACUAAAGGGUGUUAUUCACGUCUAGAGGGCUCUCAUAAUGUUGAAAAAAUUAUUUAAAAGGCCAUAAACAUGUUUUUUUUAUUUGAAAAUAUUAAUUUUAAAAUGAAUGAUUCUUACCUCCCAAUUAACAGUGACAAACGAGGAGUAGCUGUAAUUUGGUAACGUUCUUUUGGGUUUCCAACCACUCACUGAUAACAGGAUGUUUGAGAUUAGAUUUUUAUGAUGGCUCAUCAUUUUGUGACCAUUUCAGAAUAGGUAACGUUUUCAUAAUAUGGUACCUUUUUAUGCUAUCAGUGAUUCCAAACCACGGCCAUUCUAACAGGAAAAGCUAACAAAUCUUUUCGACUAUAUUUGGAUAAAUGCUCCGUCAUCUUCACUUUUUACUCUGCUGUUAACAAUCGCCUGUGCUCUAAACUGCUUAUGUACUGUCUCCUUUUUUUUUUGUCAUCACAUGUUCAGAUAUUUUUCUGAUUGUUUCCAUGCAAUUGUUUUUGUGUCCUAUUUUCAGGGGAUGGUAGUUGUUUACAAAGGCAAUGACAAAACGUUUACAAACUUGAAUCUGAAAAGAAAUAUCGACUUGAAGUUGAAAAAUAAUUACCGGUAGGUCCAUUUUUCAAGUGAUAAAACCCACAGUUGUGACUUUUUUGUUGUGUUUUGAAAAUCCAGACUUGAAAACCCUUGUACCCUUUUGACGUUGAAAUGCAAUGAUUGUAUGGCACAAUGUCUUUUAGUUGGCAACUACAAAUGUUCAGACCAAUCAAUAAAGUGGAUCAGUUCUC